AUGACUGAAGAAGGAAGCUUGUUUAGUUCUAUUGGUGGACUUAUAAAAGCUGGUUUUAAAAAAACUGAGAAGGCUUUAAGCUAUGUCAAAGACGGAAUUGUGAACUAUGGGAAAUGCUACAUGUGCAAGGAGCAAGCUAACUGUGAUAUUCCUUGCGGCCACAUUCUCUGCUACAGGUGCUUAAAUUUCUACAUAGAAAGCCAAGGGAUCCCAAACCCAGAAUUUGUACUCUGUUAUAUUUGCCAAAAGCCAAUCCCACUUGAAAAUAUUCCAAUUGACUAUGAUGUCUAUCCUUAUGAAGAAGAAAAAAUUCCCGUUCACGAUACUUGAAGCCUUCCAAGUCCUAAAAAGUGAAUCAUUAACCAGGAAGAGACAAAAUUCACUAUAUUAGAAUUGCCAGAAGAAGAAGAGGAAAAGCCUAAAGAUCUGUUUGUCUCUCCAUUAUAUGAUUCAAGUUCCAGCUCUAGCUCUAGUGAAGGAGAGGAUUUGCCUGAGGAAAUAGCACCUUUCCCAAUCAAUGAAAUUAGAGUAAAGGAAUGCCCCUUUUGUGAAUGGAGUUUAGAAAUAUCGACCGCUUCUAGAUAUGAAGUUUGUAAAAACGUAUACUAAUUAAUAGGAAAAAUAGGCUAUUUUCUUUAAAAUAUUUAUAAUGAUUUAGUUAUUAUAAACAGAAUAGAAUGCAAUAGAACUUUUUGUCCUCAAUGCAAUCAAAUACCUCACCCUGAUAAAUCUUGUAGUAAAAAAGAUUCAGAGAGAAAAGUAACUGUUCCUUAUGAUCCAAAAUGUCCAAUCUGUCUUGCUGAAUUUAUCAAAGAAGAAGGCUGCAAUUUUUUAUGGUGUCCAAAUACGUGUGCAAAAACAUGUUUCUGCUUGAUUUGCGGGACUCAUAUAGCAUUAGGGUAUUAAAAGUCGGGAUUUAGCCAUAUUGGUGACGCAGUCACCAAAAACAUCCCGUACGGGAGGUUUUACUGCUUUUCGACUCCAGCCCUGAGGGUCUUAUCACCGAGGUGGAUGCUACAUCUGUGUACUCUGUCUCCUUCUUGCCUUGCGGAUUCAGUUUGAGGGAUGGCUUAUGGAUUUCUGCAGCUGUGUGACAGGUGAUUGGAGUAACUUGAUUCCUUGGAUUAGUUCAUUGGAUACUGUUGUGUGCUGAAGUUACUUACUUCGACAGUUACAUGAAAAGACUGUUCCCUUGUGACCUGUGCUGAAACCCCAAGUUUCUCUGUUAAGGAAAGCCUAUGUGUUAUUGGAUCCAAGGAUGUUAUGGGGCACCUCCAUUCCAACCACAGAAAAGCAGCCAAAACCAGCCGGACAUAUAUUUUCUGAGACUACACUUAUUUCUCCUCGUGUCCUUCCCAGUUUCUCAUGAUAAAGUCCUGGACUGUUACUCCAAGAUUCCAGAUUGGCAUAUCACCAUUUUAAUGCAAUUAGACUCAUAUAGCAAGAUGUGAAUAUUUUACUCACUAUACAAAAUCAGGACCAUUUGGAAAUACCUGCAAUGGUAAUAAAGAUUAA